UGCCAAUUCUCCGGCGCAACACGAACAUUUCGCUAUCGUUAAUUUCGAAUUCGUAUUAAAACAGCGAUUUCCUUUUUCAAAUAAACAAAGGAAAACUGGCGGUUAUUAAAAAAAUAUGUUAUUAAAACUUGCUUAAAAAGUUUUUUAACAAGUGGUUUUGUUAACUUUUGUGCAUUGGUUUUUUAUUUUGUGGCAGUUAGUUUUUGGUCUCUCCGGGCUGUGUUUUAGUGUUAGAGAAGACAUCAUCAUGGUCUUAAAAACAUUACCCCUGAUCUUAGCGCUACAAGUUACCCUGGUGACAGCAUAUUACGCAGACGAUCUGCCACCUGGCCCUUACUGCGGAAAGGCACCGCCUUAUGGAGGUUGCUGUAAUGGUCGCCUUGACAGAUGUUCGCAUCAUAUACUUGACACCCUGUGCUACUGCGACGAAUUCUGCAGCAAGAACCGACAGUACGACGACUGCUGCCCUGAUUAUGAGCCCGUCUGUUUAGGUCUGACACCUGGAAACAUCACCGCACCCAUCUGUCGAACGGGAGCUCGCAAGAAAAAUAGAUGUCAUGAGUGUGUAUGCAGAGACGACUCGGGAAUCCCUGACUGGUACUGUGACAACGACUUAUGUCUUAUGUCCGACGAGGUGAUCCUAGGAAUCAACCGAGGCGGACACGGCUGGAGAGCAGAUAACUACACGCAGUACAGCGACAAGAAACUGAAAGAUGGACUUAUUUACCAGCUGGGUACGCUUCCAUUGGACAAAAUGACACAAAGAAUGAAUCCAGUGCAAUAUCAUAAGAACAUCGCAUACCCUGAUGAAUUCGACGCGAGACAACGGUGGCCUGACUUUAUAUCCCCCAUUGUAGACCAGGGUUGGUGCGGCUCCGAUUGGGCAGUUGCUAUUGCUAGUAUCGCUUCGGACAGAUAUGCAAUCCAGUCAAAUGGAGCUGAGAACGUGCUGCUUAGCCCGCAGAGUCUGUUGUCCUGCGACAGAAGAGGUCAGCUGGGCUGCAAAGGAGGACACGUCGAUGGUGCUUGGCAUUUCACAUCCAAAUAUGGUCUAGUUGAUUUAGACUGCUUCCCCUACACGGCAUCGGUGACGAACUGCCCCUACUCUAUCCAAGGGUCCCUGCUUCAGGCUGGCUGCAGACCAUUAGUGUCAACCCGUAUCUCCAAAUACCGGACCAGUGUGCCGUAUAAAAUAGAGAAGGAGCAUGAUGUUAUGUGGGAUAUUAUGGAAUCUGGACCAAUUAUGGCAAUAAUGACUGUAUACCAGGACUUCUUCCAUUACCGCGACGGGAUCUACCGCCGCAGUAACUUCGGUGAUAACACAAUGUCUGGUUUGCAUAGUGUUAAGAUCAUUGGUUGGGGUGUCGAAAGAGGCCAGAAAUAUUGGCUCGUAGCGAACAGUUGGGGAAAUAAUUGGGGCGAAGACGGUUACUUCCGCAUCGCACGUGGAAACAACGAAUGCGACAUCGAGCGCUCCUUAAUCAGCGGAUUCAGUGACGUCAACGAAGCGAGGAAGAAAUAACAUAGAGACGUACUGGUUUGGCCAUUGUGCGUGACCACGAAGAUCGUGAGAACGGGAAAGGGUAUAUUUCUUAUUAAUGGGACAAGAAAUUUUGGAUAGUUUUUAUAAUUGGUUUGUUUGUUAAUAGAUCAGUGCAGUUCCAAAAAUUAGGAACAUUCCUUGUAUAGUAGGAAUUAUUUGAUACAUCCGAAUCCAUUUCAGUGUUUAUCUUUUAACCAAUGGCAUUGUAUUCAUUGUUAGGGAAAUAUAAUAUUUGGUUUAAAUAGCAACUUUACUGUCAAAGAUAGAAGAUUCAAUUUGGAAUGGUCAUUCAAUUAACUGUAGGGUAUAGUGGCGCGCAACGUAUUGGUACUUGUUAUGAACAAUAUGUGUUUGCAGUUUUUCGGUGUAAUUUAUUGACGAGAAGCGAGAAUAUCUCUCGCUUCUAUGUCGGUCUCGCCCAAUCCGCACCCUGUUGUGCUAGCCCUACUGAUCAACUUUCAUAAAUAGAUAAUGGUGGAGGUAAACGAGUAAGUAUGCCUCAGGUACGCGUUAGAGCAAACCGUCUCAGUACCUAGUGCUUUCUCGUACUGUGUCCUCGCCUCGGCCGAGCCAUGUCUAAUCAUCUCUUGAAAAAACAAACUUCAAAUAAUAGUUUAUAUGUAUACGAGAAUCGCGUGUAUAGUUACUUUUUUUUAAAAUAAAAAUUAAAUAAAAAAUACCAAGUAUCAACACGUUGCGGGUCGGCUGGCACGUGGCUUAACAAUGAAUACAAUGACAUUGUUUAAAAGAUAAACGGACAAGUUGAUUCGGAUUUUUCGAAUAAUUUAUAUUAUGUAUAAAUUUCAUGAGAUUUAGCAAAACGCUUGAUAAUUUUCGGUGUAUUGAUAAAAAGGACGAAUGAUAUAUUAUUGGUGCCACUAAUAUAUCAUUCGCUAAUAACUUCAACGUAUUCCACUCCACCCCUAGUAUACAAAUAUGGUUUAUUAGCAAGUUGAAGCAACUCAUUAUAAUAAACAUGUCGACACUGGAAAAAUAAAAUGUCUAACCUCCGAAAUCAAGUCCGAAGAAAAAAAUCAUAUCUGUAAUUUUAUUUGUUAUAUGAAAAAGCUGAAACUUUAUAGAUUUCCAUAAAACAAAUAAAAUUAGAGUUAUGAUUUUUUUUAAAUAAUUUUAAAUCGCUCUCCUUUUGUAUUUUCCAAAUGCACGUUACAUAUUUUAUCUUUCCGGUGGUACAGAGGCACGAUCAGCUUGACAUUUCAAAUUUAAAAUAACAAUCUAUCAAUGAGUUCCAGGUCUUG